UCGAAAACAGGCGCGGAAACGACAUACCGUAAAUAAACGCGACCAUCUUGUAACUUUGUUAUGAAUGUAUCGAAGUACUGCUAAAAAAGACGUAAAUGCUAAUUAAAUGGAGCCGGUACGCGGUUCUAAACGAGGAGCAUAUAAAGUGCCCAAUCUGAAAAGCAAGACUAAAUCUAAAAAGACUAGUCCAUCAACAGGUCAUCCGGGUUCCCCACUCAGUGACGGCAAUGACAAGAACACUAGCCAGAAAUCGCCAAAGAAAAGAAAAGUCUCCCGCAAGGUCAAAGGUCAAGGAAACCUAAAGAAGAUCGGGAGGUCCUCCAUCAUUGCACUGGAGAACAUGAUGGACCUGGCAAUACUAGAAACUCUUGUUUUGAGACGGACGGAGAAGAAGGAGACCCAGGGACAUUUAAAUAUUCUGAAAAACAGGUUCCUAACUCAUUGUGCAGAACUUCAAGUCCCAGUAAAAAAACAGGAAGAGUUAGGACAUUUAUCACAGCGCAACCAGGAGGAACGCAACAAGUCAGCAGUCGGAAAGCAGACUUUGAGCUCUCUUGAGGAAGACCUUAAAUCUGUGCUUAGUGCGCUGGAGAGCACAGAGGAGCAGAUGUCGUCUUUGGAGAAUGCAUGCAGGUCUCUGAGGGAACGAGUAGAAGAAGAGGAGGAGAACGCUAAGGAGAUUUUACAGAGACGCCAUCAAUCAGUCCUCCGCCUACCCUCUCUUGCACCAUCGAAAAAUGAAACAACUUUAGAGGUUCGUUUGAGAAAGCAAGUACCCGACACAGACUGACAGCACUGCUCGCAAAUUGGGAGAAAUCUUGCAAAAAUCAGAAGCUGUUCAUGCAAAUGCAAAGGCCCUGCUUACUCAUGCACACAAACAUUUGGAUCAGCUAUGAAACUUUGUUCCUUGUCCGUUGUGCUCCUUGUUCAGAAGGCAAAUAGCUGCUACUUUUUUUUAGAAAAGAAAUACUAAACGGAACAAUUUUGGAAUAUUAUAAGUAUUACAAACUUAAAUAGCUGUAGAAAUGUGAUAAUCAAAGUCACUGUGUUUUACCACAACAUUACCAAAAAAAAAAACUUAGAAAAAUCACAUUUGAAAGUAAUUCAGAAAAAAAACUGCAUAUGUAAGAAUAAUAAAAUGAUCCCACAUCAAAUAG